CUUUUAGCACUUCAGCAUAACCUCUUUAAGUUUUGCUACCCUGCAUCUUUCUUAUUCCUUACACUUAACCCCAUAACUAUUUUUUAAUGUCCCUAAAACAUACCACAACGUUUAUUUAUUUCAUUGAUUUUGAAUUAUUACUCACUGGUAAAAGAUGUGUUAACAUAUCUUGAAGAAGAAGAAUUUUGGUAAGAAACUGUGAUUAAUUUUAAAACGUCUAAAACAAUUAUAUCAAGACAGCAAGAAGGAAAUCGAGCGAUUUGAUAAGUUAUGUGGGUUUAAGUGUGAAUAAUUGAGAAAUAAAGACUAAAACAGCAAAUAAGUAAUAAAAUAUGAUCGACCAAUGAGCAGCUUUUAAACGCCUUUUUUGCUUUCUCUUUGGCUGUGUGUCUUCUCCAGGAAAAUUUCUUUCUCCGGCGAGAAGAGAUUUUCCGGGGGGAAAAAAACAGCAGAGCUCGGUAAGUGAUUACCGUUAUCUUCUCCGAUGGCAGUUGCACCGGCAAGAGCUCGUUCGGACUAUGAUUACCUCAUCAAGCUCCUCCUCAUCGGCGAUAGCGGUGUGGGAAAAAGUUGCUUGUUACUGCGUUUCUCGGAUGAUACUUUUACCACCAGUUUCAUUACUACCAUUGGAAUCGACUUCAAGAUAAGAACAGUCGAACUUGAUGGCAAGCGUAUCAAAUUGCAGAUAUGGGACACUGCUGGACAAGAACGUUUUAGAACUAUAACCACAGCGUACUACAGAGGAGCUAUGGGUAUAUUACUCGUCUAUGAUGUAACAGACGAGUCAUCCUUCAACAACAUUAGGAACUGGAUGAAGAACAUUGAGCAGCAUGCGUCCGAUAGUGUCAACAAAAUAUUGGUUGGUAACAAAGCCGACAUGGACGAAAGCAAAAGGGCUGUCCCAACAUCAAAGGGACAAGCUCUGGCUGAUGAGUAUGGAAUCAAAUUCUUUGAGACGAGUGCAAAAACAAACCAGAAUGUCGAGCAGGUUUUCCUUUCUAUCGCGAAAGACAUAAAGCAAAGACUCACAGAAAGCGAUACAAAAGCCGAGCCCCAAGGGAUCAAGAUCACUAAACAAGACGCUAACAAAGCCUCAUCGUCUUCUACAACUGAUAAACCAGCUUGCUGCAGUUAUAUUUAGAAGUUCCAUAGACUUGUUUCUAAUCUCUUAACGUCUUUUAAUCUUCAUUGCAUUAUUUAAGAGAUCGUCCUAUGUUCGUAUUAGUAGCCUAGUAGGAGGAGAGACUUAAUUGAUGGCCUGUGUGAUCUUAUGUCUAUUUUGCUAUCUCCAUGGCCAAACGCUGUACUGGUAGACAAUGUUUAAGCGUGUAAACUUUGAAUUAAUGUCAGAUGUUGUGUGUAAGCUACGGUUUCAAAAGCCUUGAAGCUGGAGAUUUAUUUCU